AAGCAGCCCCGCGGGCCGGUGAGCUGCAAGCCGGGCGUGCUUCCGAGAGAGCGCGUGGGCGGCCCGGGGGCGCGGCCCCUCCGCACGGGAGCCCGGCGCAUCAUGUAUACUAUCACCAAGGGGCCCAGCAAGCUCGUCGCGCAGCGCCGCACAGGCCCCCCGCAACAGCAGGUGGAGAGCAGGCUCGGCGAGCUCCUGAAAUGCCGGCAGCCAGCCCCGCCAACGCCGCCUCCCCCGCGGGCGCAGCCGCCGGGACCUUGGCCCCUGUCGAGCCCAGGGCCCAGGCUGGUGUUCAAUCGGGUGAAUUGCCGGCGGCCCCCUGCCACGUCCCCAUCCCUCGAAGGGGCCCAGGAGACCUACACACUGGCCCACGAGGAAAACGUCCGCUUUGUGUCCGAAGCCUGGCAGCAGGUAGAGCAGCAGCUGGAUGGCGGCCCAGCCGGUGAGAGUGGGCCAAGGCCUGUGCAGUAUGAGGAGAGGACCCCCAACCCCCGACUGCAGAACUUUGUGCCCAUUGACCUGGAUGAGUGGUGGGCGCAGCAGUUCCUGGCCAGAAUCACCAACUGCUCCUAGCUGAUGCUUGGGAGGAGCACUGCCUGUGCAAGGCCUUGCCCUGCCCCUGAUGGACCCGUGGCCAGAAGAGGACCAUGGCACCCGUGUCCACCAUGGCAGCAGGCCUCGCUUCACUGGGCCUGGCUGGGUGCCGGCCACACCUGAAGUGCCAGCAUUUGGACUUUUGCACCUUUUGUUCCCUUGGUCCGACUGUCCCAGGCAUCUAGCUACAGGGGCUGAACUUGUCUGCUGACCUCAAUCCUGCCUGCUGUGCCAGGCCCUGGAGCUGGAGGGAGGAGUUCCAGGCUAAUAAAGUCAAGAAACUGCCCUUUCUGAGUGGCCUUUAU